GGAAAAAAUCACGUGCUCAUAGCAAUAAAGGAGGAGGAGAGGCAGCAGAGAAAACAAAUUGUUGAACUACAAACACUCUGUGGACAAGAUGGUAAUGAGGGAAGGGCCAACUCUAACACAGCAAGUGAUAAAGCACCAGGCAUAGGAAGUGAUAAAGCACCAAGCAUAGAUGGGUAUAAUGCAGAAUUCUUCAAGAAAGCAUGGCCAGUGAUCAAAGAAAAAGUGUAUGCUGCAGUGAAAGAAUUUUUUCAUACAGGGGUGAUGUUUCUAGCAAUCAACUGCACCACUAUCACUUUGCUACAAAAAGUUCCUAAUCGAGUGACAAUUGAGGGUUUCGGGCCUAUUGCUUGUUGCACUGUGUUAUACAAGCUUAUCUCUAAAGUCAUAGCUAGUAGAUUACAGAAGAUCAUGCCAUGCAUCAUAUCUGAAGCCCACGCAAAUAUCUAUGCUUCCCCACAAAAUUCAAUAACUGGGGUGAGAACUUGUGUAUCAUCAGUGAGUUAUUCAAUCAUGAUAAAUGGGGAGCUGACAAAACCUUUUGAAGCUGCUAAAGUACUCAGACAGGGUGAUCCCAUAUCACCAUUUCUAUUUGCAAUUACAAUGGAAUACCUAAGUAGGCUUCUUAAAAGGCUGAAACAAGCUAAAGAAUACAGGUUCCACCCUAGGUAUGGUAAGCUAGAUAUAGCUCACCUUAGCUUUGUAGAUGACCUACUAAUGUUUGCUAGGGGUGAUAGUAAGUCAGUCUCCAGUCUUCAUGCUUUCUUUAUGCAAUUCUCUACUACAUCUGGACUGUUAGCUAAUCUCAAUAAGAGUGCAAUCUACUUUUGGGGAGUUGCUCAGGAUACUAAAUAG